CGCAGCCCCUGGAGCGAGCGAGGCCACCGCCGCCGCCACUGCCGCAGCCGCAGGAGGCGUGAGAAGCAGACGCGAGGCGCUCGGCCGGGUUCACCUUGCAUGGUGUCAGAAGUGGGAUCUGAAGGUGCCAGCUGCGGGGGCACUGUGACUCCUGGGAUCGAGCGAGGUACUCACAUUUGAGCCUUUUGUGCUCUUUGCUUCUACGGAGUCACCAUAACUUUCCGUUUGCUCAUUACAGAGAAAAGGCAAACGAGGAUUGAUCGCUCUUACCCUGAAGUCUGGUCAUUGUAGCACCGAAAAGACAUUUUUUGGAGGUCAGAGCCUUCAGAUGGCAGAUAACAGUUUUUCAGAUGGUGUUCCCUCAGACGCCUUGGAGGCUGCUAAAAAUGCAAGUAAUACAGAAAAGCUCACCGAUCAGGCGAUGCAGAAUCCCCAGGUUUUGGCGGCUUUACAGGAACGGCUUGACAGUGUCUCCCACACGCCUUCCAGUUACAUUGAGACUUUACCCAAAGCGGUGAAGAGAAGAAUCAAUGCGUUGAAACAGCUGCAGGUGAAGUGUGCUCACAUAGAGGCCAAGUUCUACGAGGAGGUGCAUGACCUGGAGAGGAAGUAUGCCGCACUGUACCAGCCUCUCUUUGACAAGAGAAGGGAGUUCAUCACUGGGGAUGUUGAACCGACAGACGCGGAAUCAGAGUGGCACAGUGAGAACGAAGAGGAGGAUAAGCUGGCCGGAGACGUGAAAAGUAAAGUAGUCAUCGCGGAAAAGGAAGUCGCGACAGCAGAGGAGCCAAACCCCAAAGGAAUCCCAGAGUUCUGGUUCACCAUCUUUAGAAACGUAGAUAUGCUGAGUGAAUUAGUCCAGGAGUACGAUGAGCCGAUCUUGAAGCACCUGCAGGAUAUUAAAGUGAAGUUUUCAGACCCCGGGCAGCCUAUGUCUUUUGUCUUAGAGUUCCACUUUGAACCCAACGACUACUUUACCAACUCAGUCCUGACAAAAACAUACAAGAUGAAGUCAGAGCCAGACAAGGCCGAUCCUUUCUCCUUUGAAGGCCCUGAAAUAGUCGACUGUGACGGGUGUGUCAUCGACUGGAAGAAGGGAAAAAACGUCACCGUGAAAACGAUCAAGAAGAGGCAGAAGCACAAGGGCCGGGGCACGGUGAGAACGGUUACCAAACAAGUUCCCAGCGACUCGUUCUUCAACUUCUUCAGCCCGCUGAAAGCAUCUGGGGAUGGAGAAUCACUGGAUGAAGACUCGGAAUUCACGUUAGCCUCCGACUUUGAAAUCGGACAUUUCUUUCGUGAGCGGAUAGUCCCGCGGGCCGUGCUCUACUUCACGGGCGAGGCCAUAGAGGAUGACGACAACUUUGAAGAGGGUGAGGAAGGAGAAGAGGAGGAAUUGGAAGGUGACGAGGAGGGAGAGGAUGAGGACGACGCCGAAAUUAACCCCAAGGAGCCCAGCCAGCCCUCCGAGUGCAAACAGCAGUAAGACGACGCCACCGAGGACCCGUCGCGGCCGCAGCGCGACCGCACCGGCGGCCCUCGCCUCUAACUCGUUUUCAAGUGCAUGAUUUUGACGUUAACUCUUCCUUUAUCCUUAUUAUUUGGCUUAACCUGUACAGUGGCGACUUAAAUGCAUUUCAGAGAUAGGAGGUUUGCUUCCAGCACCCUCUACGGCCUUGGGUGCAGCGCGGUGGACUUCCCCAGGCCCUGCCUUUGGGAGGAGGGGGCGGUGGAAGGUCGGUCGACGCCAAGGGCAGACGUCUGGGGACGUGGUUCCAGGGCAUCUAGAGCCAGUAACUCCCCUCCGCAGUCGGACCGGAUUCUUCUUCACUUGGAGAAACUCACACGCUUUGUGUUUCCGCCACUUGGUCUCCUGUGCUCUCGUCGUGCCCCAAGGGCUGGUGGAGUCGAGUCCCGUUCUUAGAGCGUUCCCUCUCCAGUUUUGUCUCCCUCGGGGUGGCGUAGGGGGUGCGCGCACCCCGGCCCCGAGGCGCCAGUGCUUGUGGUCCAUCCUCGUAUUUAUUUAUUCUCUCCUGCUCGUGAGGGCUCGGCGCGCCUGCCGUCGCUUGUCCUUACAGUCUCUGAACCCGUGUGUGUGCCUGGUGACCCGGUGACUCCCCAGGUGGGUGUGCUGGCGGCUCCCACGCGAGCCAGGCCUGCGUAGAGGGACCCUCGCUCUGUCCCGCCAGCGGCCGAGGCCGGGCUCGUUUUCCUGCCGGACGGACCUCCGGCUCUGGCAGGGGCGCGCGGGGGGCGCCCGUGGCGGGGGGCCGCUUCUCCUAGUGUGUGCAUGUCGGGUCUUGCUUCCUCAGUAGCCCCUGUUUCUCGGCCCUGUGCUCAUCUUGUCUUCAAAGCCCUGGGUUCGGAGUGGCCCGUUCUUGGCUGGCGUGUGAGGUUUCCGAGUGUGUGACCGCGGUCUCUGGCAGCCGGGGAUGCCGUGUCCACACUGUGACCAGGCCUGUAGAGUGCUCAGCCUUACUUACAAUACAUUUGUAACUGAAUACGGUGUUUUCAAUUUGUACAGAAUAGUUAGAAUAUUCUAUUAAAGUUGUGAAACACGAA